ACCACUUGAGGAUAAUGUAUGGACAGUGAAGAAAACUGUUAAUCCACGAAAGUCGACGUUAUUAAACAAACGCAGAUACGUGAUGGAGUAAAGAAGUUAAAGUUCAGCAGAGUUCAGAAUGGCUUUUGACGGACAUCAGACUACAUUUGCAAGUUCACUCUUUCCAACAUACCAGCGUCAGGCCAGUGUAAAUAAAGGUGGUGGAAACAAUGGUAGCGUGGCAUUGCCCUUCAGUGUCUCACUGCAGGAGCAGAAAACAUUACCCUACAUGCCCUGGACUCACAAUGCUCAUGAUGACCCCUAUAGCUUUAUCAAUGGUGCACAGAACAGCAUUAAGAGCAGGAAACCUACUGACAGUUCUGACUGUGAUGGGGAGACUGAUCUACAGGGCCUAGUAUCAAAUAUUUUGGAUGAAGCAGAUUCACAGGACAGCUACUACAGCGAAGGGAGCCUACCAACAUGUAAUCCUGUCUGGUCACCAAAGACGUUGACCGAAGAACUGCUACAGUAUUUUCAAUCAGAGGCUAAAACGCAAAAUACUCCCACCUUUCGCCCAAAUUAUGUAUCCCAUGAGGCUUUCAGUAAAGCACAGGGACAGUCAGUGGACAAACAUGUUGAAGAGUAUCAGCAGCCCAAUGGCCUUUCUACCAAUCAGCAAUGGCUUUUUCAUUUGCCUAAUGGAGACCAGGACAGCAACAACCGCCGACCUCAGAAACUGCCACCAGGUCUACCAGUGCCCAACACAGAAAACACAUACUUGUCACAGGUGCAACAAAGCAAAUAUGACAAUAUGCAAGCUGUGAAAGCCAGAGAAAAUAGUCAACCUGUAAAUAAUUUACCUGACCUCAGUAAUGUCCUUAGGUCUCGUAGUGAAAUGAACAGCUCAUGCUUUCAUUCUUGUUAUGAAGACCAGUACACCCAGAGCAGCACAAAGCCCAACAGUAAUGAGCAGUUAUGGCCACAGGACAUUAACCAACUGGUCAGCAGUUUUCAGUCGUUCAUGGCUGGUGAGCAUGAUAGCUUAUGUUGUGGAGACUUUCCAAACAUUCACAGGCAGACAGUGGGCAUGCAGCAUGAAGACAGCAUGGUUGAACAAUGGAAAAUCACCAGUCCUGCAAUGUCAACACAAAGUACUCCUGCAAUGCAGACCCCAAAACAGCUGCCGGGAGAUUAUGGGACAGUGCAGAUGGAAAGAAAUGCAGUAAGGAAACAGACAUUUAAUCGUGAUGCCUGUCAAGAUCUACCUGGUUUCAGCUCACAAAACACAGAGUACUACCAGCCACGCAAGCAAUUCUCUGCAUCUUUAAACCUACCAAACCAAUACCAAAGCAACAUGACCAUGCACAGAGAGAAAACUUCACCCCCCAUUAACAUGAACCAGUAUUCAAGGCAUCACAUCCAGCAGGGCAUGAUGCAGAGCAAGCUCAGACCACAGAUGCAGAGAGAAAAUAAGAGGGUGCAUAUGUCUGGCAUUCUAGGAGAUGGCUUCUCUGCAAGACCCCUAACCAACACUCACAUGAGAGGGGGAGAUAAGAAACAGGCCCUCUCACAAAACCCAAUCUUCGACCACCUGGGGAGCAUGCAGACGAGAUUUAAUGGAGAAAACAGCAUGGCCAGUGUAGGGAAUACACAGCAGCUCAUGCCUUUCAUAUAUCCUGGGAGUGACCCCAGACUAUACCCCAGUGUGCCCAUCAACCCGUCUAACUUCAGCUCCAGAUCCACACUGCCCUAUGGAAGUGGUGUCCCUGGCAUGGAUGUGGGUGAUAUGUCAGCCAAUGAGUUUGCAACUUUCAACUCCUAUGUUGGCGACAUGAUGACCUGCAGAGGGGAGAGCACUUAUCAUGGCAUGGCCCCAGCCAUGACAACUUCAAUGGUGAUGAAUCAAGGAGGACCAGUGAUCCAGCUUUCCUUCUACCUGGACGAGUGUUAUGAGCAGUGGAGGUGUUUGGAGAGGGAGAGAAGGAGGACAGAGUUUAUCUUCACCAAGACAUUUCUUGGAAAAAAGACUGCAGCAGUUGUCAACACUAACCUACCCAAAACUCCACCAAAUCCCACAAGAGUCGACCACCUCAUUGUAAAUCAGAUGAGGGAACAAGCAAGGGUGGUAAGCCUUCUGGACAGAAUGGAGCGUCUGUGCAAUACUCCGCUCCAUAUCAGCAUCCACACCGCAGUGAACGCGCAUCAUAUGGCUGUUUGCAUCACCCAGGUGAGACGCAAGGAGGAGAUUGCCAGCAUGUCCAAACACCAGCGGCAGAGAGCUUAUUUCACAGAGGACAAAGACACCCUGUUGCUGGUCAUCGCGCUGAAGGACCUCGCUGCUACCACAAGGAAGCUCCGCACGGCCCUGUGGUGUGCUCUCCAGAUGACACUACCGAAACCUGUCAAGAGGCAGGACCACCAUGUUAACAAGGAGGCCACACACACAGAGAGGGGCUCCUCUCCGUUUGAGGGAUACUCUUUUAAGUUAUGAUUUAGCAGGCAACAGAAUGCCCUGAUUAUAAAGCAACAGGGUGAUAUGAACUAAUGUUACCUGCAAGUUUAUAGAGAUCUUUUACCUGCAACACAGUGAUCACUGCAGAAUAGGAGAUGAGCAAUUUGAUGCUUGAUGAUGGCUGAUCUCUUUUGACACCCAGAAGCUUCAAAAGGCUGCCUUUUGUUUUGCAGGAAUUGCAUUGCAUUGCAUUGUUUCAUUUAAUUAGUGUCAGUUCCAAAUUAACGUGAAUCUUGCUCCAUCACCGUUGUAUUUAAAGGCACUAUUUAUGAGGAAGAUUUCGGUGAAUUCUUCAGUUUUACUUAUUUAUUGGAAGGUAAUUGAACCUCGGUUCUUGGUAUUCCCUAGCAAUAAUUGAAUCAUAAAGGCAGUAGUUUAAUAAAACAUGCUUAAUUUUAAAAAUGUUUUCUAAAAAUUUCCAAUUGAUUAGCUUCAGUUUUCUUAUGUAACCUUAACAUACUGUAAUCAGAAAAAGUUUGAACUGUCAGAUACUCUAACUUUAGUGGAAAAAAAGUUCAGUAUUUUAAAUUUAAACAUAUUAAUCAAAUUUCAACUAAACACAUAAACAUUCCUAUCAGUGACAUAUAACAUAGGUAAGUUAAAACAAAAUCUUCUGUUUAGUCAUUCCCUCUGUAUCAGUUGUUUAAUUUUAACAUGCUAAUUUAUAAAAUGUUUUCUGAAAUGUUUCACUUAAUUUCAGAUAGUUGUUAGUCUUUUUUUCUCUCAACACUAAUCACAAAACUGUUUUAUCUGCAAUUUGGUCAAAAGUUUGAACUGUAACAAAAGAUACUGGCACUUAAAGGUGCAGCAUGUUUAAUUUAAAUGUAUUAAUCACACUUAAUCUCUGAUUAUUUUCAGAUAGUAUUAUCAGAUAUUAUUAUCAGUGUGACACUUUGUCAGCCAGGGACCAAAGCUUGUGUCCUUUACAAAGCUACGUC